AUCGAUGUGCAUGAAUCUUUGUUGAUGUUCUUUUUAGCGUGGUAGACAUCUUGCUCUUUGGAAUUCUUGUAUAUUUAGGACGUAUUUACACACGUAUUUACGAUCGUUUAACAGUUUGCGAUUGUUAGCAUUUGACAGUGAAAGAUCAAAUAUUCCGAAGGAUUAAAGUUGUGCUCUGUGCUGAAUUCUUGUUGGAAUUUGGCGCGGAGUUUAAAUUCUUUUUUGAUAUACGAUAGUCAGACUGUGGAAACGUUUUAUAAAGGUUAUUCAGAGAGAAAAAUUCGAUGGGGGCCAUUUUUAUUUGUUUACGAGGUCCCUCGAGGAACGUUCAACGCACGAGGUAAAUGCAUUUCGUUCGAUAUACAUGUGCUCCGUGGACUUUUUACGAGGCAAGGACACCACGAUAUCGGAGAAGAGAUCGAAAAUCUGAAAGUCGUUCGUGCACCGUAUCCAUACUGUUGCUGUAAUCAAUAUAAACCAAUAACCAACCCGAAUUAACAAACGAUCGAAUCUCUUGUUUCCUAAUAGUGCAGAAUUUGAACACGUUAAAAUAGCAUGUAAACAUUCAAAUUGUACCUUACCGACCUAGCGAAUAAGUAUCGAUUGCAACAUUAUGUUGCGCAAAUUGUGAAAGACCUUGAACAUAGAUUGGUUUUCGAUCUUUGAUUUGAAACCUAUUUCGUUCGAUAAGUUUUUGACUAAUCAAUUAUGUACAUAAUAAGUUAACUACUUAAAUUGAAAUUAAUUACAUAAAUUAUCUAACAGUACGUCGCAUAAUUUAUAUACCGAUUCGAUAAAUCAUUUCAUAAUUAUUCGAGACACAGAAAAUCAUAAAAAUAUCGUAGAAAUAUUUCUGAUAAACAGAAAACGAAGUCAGAGUUGUUUCGGUAUUAAAUUAGAAUAUCUCAACGAGGUUAAUCGUAUCUUCGUUAAUGGCGGUACAGUCCGUAACCACGUACCUCACGAUCUACACCGGAUAAUAGUAUUAUGUUAGUAUUACGCAAUAGCGAAAAUUUCACUUUCCGCGGUACGGUCGCGCGCACAAGCGCCCCAAGAUAGCGAACCCGCUUGCACGUCGUGUAUGCGUUACCUUUGGAUACCGGCAUAGAUUUUUAUCGUUCGUUCGUGCUCUCGUCUCCUGUCUCUUUUCGAAGCUUUUUUACACCGUCUGACUCGAUCGCCGUGGCUUGCCCAACCGGUCUCUCUAUCAAAACGCGCGUGUACUUAGCCAUACAAGGACGAGCGUGUCGACGCGCGCAUGUUCCAUAGACUAUGAAUGAUGAUUUUCGAGUGGAAUAUACUUCUCGAUAUUUGAAACAAUGCGAUUUAGUAAUUUUAUUAUAUAUUGUUAUUAAAUCAAUUUUCGAUUUCUUCUAUUUGCAUGGGUGAAACAAGAAACGAAUAAUAAUAGGCUGUAAUGGAAAAAUUAUCCAAUUUAGAAAGAAAAUGAUAUUAUUUCGAAGAGUAUCUGACAUAAAAGAAAUUUAAUAGAUAUUUAUUACAAUAAAUUUAUAAAAAUGUUUAAAGCUCGAGAUGGCUUUUCCAGAGUCUCCAGAGUCGAUGACUAUUCAGAAAAUUUUUUAAUAAAUAAACUUUCCAUCUUCAACGAAAAUAAUUGGAUAUAUCGUAAGUAAUGUUCCGCUCUAAAGUCUUCGCUUUCUAUGUUUCAUUAACACUAUGCAUGAAAUUCGAGGUAUCACAAUGAAAGAAUUACACAACAGUUACGAACUUCGGUUGCGUAAUCGACGACCAUCUAUAAACUAGCUCGAUCGCGCGGAAAGGCUUAAAUGCAACUACGAACACCAUUCUUCCAUUUCUCAAACACCGCGGUUCGAUAACCGCGCAGAAAAAUAACCGAUACGAUUGGUUCGUAACAUUUUAUUGUCAACGGUUUACUGCGCAAUCUAGCGUCCAUUGUUCCGUAUAUCGUACGGAAGACUGGCUCGCCUCUUCGGUAAAACUCGUCGUCGUCGUCAUGAUGCAACGGAUAAAGAAGUGUAUCCUUGAAAUAGGCGCUUAAACGAUAGUAUGCUAGGAAGAAAAAUUAGAAUAUCAUCCUAAUCGUUAGAACGUAUAGUAUAUAGUAUAUAGACCGUCUUUCACGUUACAAUUAUAAAACUCGAAUUAGUUAUUUAUUAAUUAUUAUUAUUAUUAUUAUUAUUAAUUAUUAGUUAUUUAUUAAUUAAUUAUGCAUUAUAUAUUUAUAUAUCAGUUAGUUUCAUAAUUUUACGGUAUUAUUUUAACGAAAUUUUCAGAUUCCUUUGAAAUUUUAUCAAUAAAAUCGCGAUAAUCAUGUGUGAUAAUAGUGGCAGUAAGAUUUUCGAAAAUUUCCUACCUUUUAUUUUCUAUAUUAAGUUUUCAAAAACCUUGAAAUUCGCUGCAGGUUUCGAUUAUGAUUAACCUAAAUCCGUGUAUUUCAAAGUGUUUGUUUCAUAGCAUAUGCAUAACGCGGAAGGAACACUAUCUAACGUUUACGUUUUAUAUGCUGUUUAUUCUUACGCAAUCGGAAAGAAAAUAUCGGAGUACAUGAGUUCUUCGAUUAAUCGAUCAUACAUGGAGGAAUAUCGACCGGUUAUGAUUCCAAAUACGUAUUGUCUUCGUGGAAUGGAAUUACCUCAACGAACCACAGAUGCUUCAGAAUUUCUGCGUGCCUGACAUCGCCAAUUCGGACUCACGAUGUUGGAACCAGUUCUUGGAAUAUCGACGAUGAAUUUGUUGGUCGUCUUCGCGUUGAUAACAGUGGCAUCAGGAAAUCCGGGACUCCUUCGGGUUCCUAAAGUGUAUAACGCCGUGAUUACGAGUAAUCAAAACUUGUCCCCGUCCAGAGCGUAUCCAGUGAUUCAACCGAUAAUCCAUCGAACAGCGGUUGGAUACGUGCCACCGGUUUAUUACACGCAAGUAGCGCCUCAUCUUGCUGGACCAGAAGUCGUUCAUCUUCCUCAAAAUCCUCUAAAAUCGUACAAUCAGCCUGACGUGCAAGCCGAACCCACCGCUACCGUCGAACAAUCCAAACCAACCGACGCGAAGGAUAAAAUAGAAGCAACGAAUCCAAGUGCAGAAGAGAAUAAAGGUUUAAAGUCAGAACCUAAGAGCAAGAACGGGGAACAAGAACCUCUAAGCUUCUAUCCCAAUUAUCAAUCGUUAUACUACGAUCCCUAUUUUUACACGUACAGUGGAUUCAAUCCUCACCUGGUCCCAGGGACCUACUACGUCGACUAUCAACCCUAUGGCACUUUAGAACCUAUUCCAGCAACCACACCGAAGAACGGGUUCUCCGAACAUCUGCUUCCAGCUUACCACGAGGAGAAGAAGCUCGCUGCAAAAGAACAGAAAGAGAAAAUACCAGAUGUACCACCGCCACCCCUUCCGACAGCUGUGCCCAAAAGUUCCUGAAGUGGAACCCAUCCGACAAGAUUCUUCCAGUUACGUUUAUUCGCCGUCAUGGUCAGACUGAUUAUUUCAUAGUGUUUGGAGGAAACGAUGUAUUUUACGGACGAUGAAUGACGUUGAACCCUUUGCAACCGAAUUUUGUUUACUCGCGAGAAAAGCUUUCUUUAUUAUUUAUUGACCGUAGAAACACAUUUUUUUCUCGGUGGUUUUGUAAAAAGAACGUAUACGCCAAAACAGAGUAGUUUUACUGAGAACAAAUACAUUCGUCGUUUGGUCAAUUGAACCGUUCGGAAGUCACAACUGAACAACUUCAUCAAUUGCAAAGUACAGAUGUUAUAAAUUCUGUUUUUUCAAUUUAUCUUGGAAUUUAUUAUUCUCUGUGCCCUCUUCUUGCAAUGAAUGAACUUACGAAAGGAAGCCAUUUGGUUCUUGAGAAUCGAAUAUUAAUGGAAUAAAAUGAAGAAAUUAAUAGAGAAUGCGGUUGAUUAGUUUGACUUUUGACAGGCUUAAUUAAUGGAAUAUUAAUGCAAUAUCAGGAGCGAAAGGGUUAAGAAGGAACA